GCGAACCAGAGAGAGAGAGAGAGAGAGAGAGAGAGAGAGAGAGUCUCCAAUGGCUUCGAUAGUGGAGCUCCUCCUUCUUCUUCUUCUCGUUUUCGCCGUCUGGAUCGGCUCUCUGAAGGCUCAAUCCCUUGCUCCCCUGGUCGCAGACGACGCCAUCUUCCGAUCCUCUGAUGGAUCCAGCUGCCCCUCUCCAGAUCCCUCGCUGUACCACCGGCCGGUGAUCGGGAUCCUCACUCACCCCGGUGAUGGCGCCAACGGGAGACUCAGCAACGCCACCAACGCCUCCAAUAUCCCUGCAUCCUAUGUUAAGUUCGUCGAGUCCGCUGGUGCCCGCGUCAUCCCUAUAAUCUACAACGAGCCCGAAGAUCUCAUCAUCCAAAAACUCAAAUUGGUGAAUGGGGUGCUGUUUACUGGUGGAUGGGUCAAAACGGGCUUGUACUAUGAUGUUGCAAAUAAAAUUUUUGAGAUAGUUCUGGCCAAAAAUGAUGCAGGGGAUCAUUUUCCUUUAUUUGCAAUCUGCUUGGGCUUCGAGCUAUUGAGCAUGUUCAUCAGCCAGAAUCCUGAUAUCUGUGAGAGAUUUUACGGAGAAGAUCGAGCAUCUACACUUCAGUUCGGAAUUUCAGAAACCAGUGGAACUCUUUUUGAGAGAUUUCCUCCAGAUUUAUUGACUAAGAUGAGUUCAGAAUGCCUUGCCAUGCAAAAUCAUAUGUUUGGUAUUUCACCGAAAAGGUUGCGAGAGAACCGUGCACUGUCAAACUUCUUCAAGAUUCUCACAACCACUGCUGAUGCUAAUAAUGACGAUUAUAUUUCUACUGCCCAAGCCUACAAUUAUCCUGUCACUGCAUUUCAGUGGCAUCCCGAGAAAAAUGCUUUUGAGUGGGGAACUGAUAAAAUUCCUCAUACUGAAGAUGCAGUUCGAGUUACUCAACACACUGCCAACUAUUUCAUUAGUGAAGCACGGAAAUCUUCAACUAGACCUGAUCCAGUGAAGUUGCUAUCCCAUCUCAUCUACAAUUACAAGCCAACUUAUGGUGGAUACGCAGGCAAAGGAUAUGACGAAGUUUAUAUUUUUACAUAAUGUCUCAAUCCUUGCACCACCAAGUGUAGACGUAUGAGCUGGAUGACUCAUUCUCGGCUGUGCCCAUGACCUUAUACAUGUGCUUGUCGCAUUUUAUAAAAUAA